AUGCACAGGCGGGGUCUUACGCAGACCCCGAAUCCCUCCUCCAGCAUCGAAACCGCCGUACAAUGCGUGUACAUACAGGACGCACAUCCCUUUCCCGAGGUCGAGGAGUUCGUCGCGCAUAGUAGCAAGAUAUAUUGGCUCGCCUUGCUGGAAUACGCGAAACCCAUGAAGGCUGCCUUCGCCGACUACUUGAAAGACACGCCAUCUGUCAAGGCGAUCCUGGUGGGGACACGGCGGACGGAUCCGCAUGGCCAACAUCUGAAGUUCUUUGACCCGACCGACUCCGGGUGGCCAGCCUUUGUGCGGAUACAUCCUGUCAUAGACUGGCACUAUGUGGAUAUAUGGACCUUUAUACGUUUCCUCAACAUACCUUACUGCUCGCUAUACGACCGCGGAUAUACCUCAUUAGGUGGAACUACUGAUACUCACCCAAACCCAAAGCUCGUACGCCAGCCGUCUACGCAACAAGUACCCCAAACUGGGAAUGGGACAGGCGCCUCGAAGCCAAAGUUCAGGCCCGCAUACGAAUUGGUGGAUGACUACGAGGAAAGAUUAGGCAGAGAUAGGUAG